GACGAGCUCAUGGAAUGGACACUUUAUUCCAGUCAAUAGCUCUAAGCAACCCGCGAACCCCACUAUCAUCAUCCACUUCUCCAGAUUUCUCUGACCCAAUAUCAGAAGAUGAGCCCUCCCAUGUCGAGGCAUGCACUUCCGACGAGAUAGUAAAAGAAACCUACAAAGCAACCCAGAAACAAGCCGUUGAGAGUGUGAAAGCCAUUGUAGACAGUUUGGACGAUGAUGCGUGGAUGUUUGUGCGAAAUAAAGUUGUGAAACGGCGGGGUUGUGCAGGGAAACGGAAUAAGAGAAUUGGAGAGGAGAUUGCAGAGUGGUUAAGGGUUAAUCCGUAGGGAUAUUGUCCUCGGCGAGGGGAAAAAGUUUGUAGGGCACCGCAUGCACUAUGCAUCUUUUAGGCUCAGCAAGGUUUUUUGGGCCGCCACGAAGAGGCCCACUUUGCUAUAUGUACCAUAUAAUCAUAAUAGAACCUUUGCAUAAAUUGCCA